AUGCUGAAUCUCCGUGAAGUAUUGUUAAAUUCCCGUCAGUGCGUCUCAAGCCAGCAGCGGAUGGAGCGGUGCGUUCUUCUCUUCCCCUUUUACGCCGUUUCCCCCGCCUACAGCACCAAAACUGGUACGCCUUCUCCGAAGGCGGAAGAGGAGAUUUGUGAGCGAGGCAGCCGGGAUGCAUUCCAGCUCAUUGGCUCGCUGAACGACAAGACGGUGCCAGCCGGUUUAGAGGACAGUUUUGUCUCACAGGUGCAACUUGUUCGGGCGCUUAAUAGCAGUGCAUUCAGCACUAUUUUUUUGGCUACCAGAGGCUCAACGCAGCGAAGUGACAUACAGAAGGAAGGCAGCCAGCUUCCGCCUUUACACAUGAAUAGUGAGGUUGGGGUUUCUUCGUCGUCUCGUCCUUGUAGUGUUUCUUCGGCCGCGAUUACUUCCCCGCCCCUUCGGCAGCAACAGUGCAUCGUCGUAAAAUUUAUAGAAUUGGGGAAAGAAGACAAAAAACUUCGGGAACUUGCCAAUAGGGAAAUCCAGUGCCAUCAGUCCUGCAAUUUUUUCUCAAUCCCACAGUUCUAUGGUGUCUACACGCGCCGCCUGUGCCCAGAGGCCCCGCCACACCCGGUGAAGAAUCCCAUCACUGCACAUGUGUUGGAGAUGGAAUAUGCCAACAACGGUGAUCUUUCUCAAGAGAUUCGGCUGCGUGUGAAGAAUGACUACAAACUCUUCUCUGAACGUAAUGCAUUAUUGAUUUUUGAACAAGUUCUUUUGGCAGUGGACUACCUACACGACAAGGGGAUCAUUCACCGUGACAUCAAAGCGGGAAACGUGUUUCUUUGCAGCAACGGGUUAGUGAAACUGGGUGACUUUGGGCUGAGCAAAUUCACGCCGGGUGAUGUCAACGAGAAGAGAAAUGGAUCGUUUGUGGGCACGGCGUCUUAUAUCACGCCUGAAAUGUGGGAGCGUAAGCCGUACGGUGGGAAGGCGGAUAUUUUUUCCUUGGGGGUACUGUUGUACGAGAUUUUUACACUGAGAAAACCAUUUGUUGGAAAAGAUAAAAAUGAAGUUAGGCAAAAUAUAUUAAAACAAGAGCCGAAGAUACCGUCUCAUGUUUCACCUGAAAUUGCCAGCAUCGUGCUUGCAAUGUUGCAAAAAGAACCCGAUCUUCGUCCUUCUGCUAUGGAUGUGUUAUUGUUACCGCUGAUGCGAAACACAUUGGCGAGUUUUCUGAAGUCCGUGAUUAUGGAUGGCAUGAAUGAUACUCUGCGACGUGGGAGGGAAAUAGGGAACGGCAGCGUUAGCGAUAACUUCGCAGACAGCACUCGUCAGUCAGGUGAAAAGGCGACUGUAUACUGCCGUCUCUUAUCGUGCGAACGAGAGAAAGUACUGCUGGAUUUAUCCUGGGUGUAUCGACGAAUUCUUUAUAAGGCAGUAACAUUGUCGAGUAGGGCAAGCCAAAUAAGGUUGCAGUUGUCAAAGCUGAAUGCGCUGACAAGGAAGACGUCACAGGUACUUAUUGAGGGUGAAAUACUGAAGGAAAAUAGUGGCUGCUGGAAGUUGCGCCAUUUGUGCCUGCGUUGGGCAACAGACUCAACUGAUAUGAGUCCACAGCAAGAGUCAGCGCAUUCUGGGGUUAUUGAACUGAUAUUGUCGCUUAAAAAGGACUCAGCCGAGAGCACUCGUACAUGUGUGAGCUCGUUUAUUGACUGUUUUGAGGUUCUUGAGCGGUACGCCAUGGAUGGGGCAAAAUAUGUUUUUGCAUUGCUUAGCAGGACGGGGAAAACGAUAUUCUUUCAAGCCUCCUCUGAAGAAGAGAGACAGCGAUGGAUAUCUUUCUGCCUUGCCUCCAUUCAGCACAAUAACGGGUUGGCGUAG